AUGCCCUGCGUGGUCCGUUUCGACAUCAUGGCGCAUCGACUGGGCCCGGGCAAGGCGGCCGUGAUGACUGGAGAGCUCACCGAGCUUGGCGGCUGCUUUUUGGGUUGGCCUGAGGGCCCACAGGUCGUCUUCAACGCGAUGCUCCGCGCAUGCUUCCGGGAAACUGUGGCGGUCCACUGA